AUGACCCAACGGUCAGAUCUCCUCACAAAGUACUCUAAACAAAGAUACGAUGCUCAUAGCGAGAAAUUCCUUGCCAGAAGUGAAGCCAUUGGGCAACGCUUGCUCGCGAUUGGGCCAUGUCAUUGUAUUAGUGUCGCCCGCUGGAGCAAAUUGACGAACAACGGGAGCACGGGUGAUACAAACGUGUUGGCAAUGGCUGUGGAAAUGCAACAAAUAAUCGAACUUAUUCUCGCCAUUUUUCUUCCGCCUUUGGCCAUCUUCAUACAUGGUUCCGACUGUAACAUUCACGUAGCUGUUAACAUCAUUUUGUGUUUUUUCCUUUACAUACCAGCCGUCAUCCACGCUCUAUGGUACUGCUUCUUCCGCGGAUAA